GACAGGGAAUGAUGUUCCUGAAUACCCUGAUAGGUGUCUCUAAUUGCGCCUGUGCAAAAUAAAGUUAGCUGACGUGUAGGGGCUGCUCGGGUUGAUCCGUCGCUCAAUUUUUGAUGCCGAAUUAUUUGGAUUUAACGACUUGACUUGUGAAGAUGAGUGUGGAAGUGGAAAGAAAAUUUUUAUGCAACGCUGACACUCUGAAAACACUGGAGGAGAUCGGGGUGUGUGUUGGUCAGCGCCAGUUUCCUGACCAGUACUUUGACACCCCCAAGUUUGACCUGACUUUGAGAGACGUGUGGCUGCGUAAACGUAAAGGAUGCUGGGAGCUCAAGUGCCCAGCAACAGUCGACGGGACAGACGAGACGAGUGGAGAACAAUCUAAAGCGGCAGCACUGUGUACUCGCUACAAGGAGAUAACCAGUCUGCCUGAAAUUCAACUGAGAGUGAAAGAGGUCGUAAAAGACGUUUGUGAGGACAGAGAGACAGAGACGAGCUCCUCACAGGAGGAUGAGUCUUGGCUUGGCAAAAUGAAUCUGGUAUGCUUUGCAGAGUUCACAACAGUGCGGCGGUCGUUCACUUUAGAGGAGGAGGGAGUGCAGAUAGAUCUCGACCACGCUGACUUUGACUACCAUGUGGGAGAGAUAGAGGUCCUCGUUCCAGAGGGAGGAGAUGUGCAGUCUGCCUUGGAGAAGAUUGAGAGAACGGCUCGAAAGCUGGGUCUGACUGGAGAUCAGCGAGUAGAAGGAAAAAUGAAUGUUUACCUUAAAAGGAAUCACCCAGAGCACUACGCAAAACUACUCAGUGAACAUAUUUUGUAAGACAUAUUAUACAUGAUCUGUAAGAGGAACAGCUAAAUAGUUUUUAAAAUGUACAUAUUAUAUCUGUAAAAUAGAUGUAUUAUUUAUUAGAACAUUUGUAAAAAUUGAACUCACUGAUGCAAUCUGUAUUCACGUAUUGUAAAGACCUGAAUCUCAAGACAUUUCCUAAAGAAAACAGUAAAUUUGCACUUGCAGCAGGCUUUUGUCAUCUCCACUUGUCCUGUGCACCACAUGCAACAGUUAUGUUUUUGUAUGGCUGUAAUAUGGAGAGUGUGAGAGGAACUGUGACCACUGGAAAUAAAAUGGGGUGCCAUACUGUCGAUUCACCAUUAA